AUGGAGGCAAAAAAACACUCCCCCGCCGCUAGCACUGCCGCUUGUAAUAACUCUGAAUCAGAUGCUAUUAAAUGGAAACGGAAGGCCAAACAGCGGAAAGAAGAAAUUCUUAGACUUAAGGAAGAUCUCAAAAUUGCUGAAGAUGGGGUGCAUCAAGAUGUAUUUCCACAACAUGUGUCGUGCAAAUGCUAUUUCUAUGAUACCCUGGGGCAGCUAAGCCCCAUGCAUGAAUCUGAUCAAGAUAGGUGUAGUGAUGUGCUUCGUCGGAGAUUUCUCAGACAAGUGAGGUUAAGAGAGCGGAAGAGGAGCAGAUGUGAUGGCUCAUUGUUAAGAUCGUCUAUUCCAGUAUCUACUGCUCCUGCUACUUUUAAUAUACUUGCAGAAAUUGCAAUUGAAAAUGAAAUGGAGCAACUGAGAGCUUCAGUAGAUUUUCUUGUGGAGCUUUGUGAGACUUCCUCUCCUCUUGAAGUAGAGGAAGGCAAUUUCAAGAACUGGUCACAUCAAGCUGUAGAUUUCAUUCUUGCCACAUUAAAGGCUCUUUCGUCUACUGGAAAGAUAGAUGAGACAAUUGAAAGCAUUGCAAGUAGCUUAAUUGUGCGUUUGGUGCGAAGGAUGUGCAAUGGAUCAGAAGGAGAUGAAUUGCAUCAUUGUCACAACAAUUUCCAAGUUUAUGUUCAGCACUUGUUGCGUAAGCUUGGAAGUGACCAUUACCUUGGCCAGCGUGUGAUCCUUUCAGUUUCUCAGAGAAUUUCUAUAGUUGCAGAAAGUUUACUCUUUAUGGAUCCAUUUGAUGGUUCCUUUCCCAGAAUGCAUAAUUAUAUGUACUUAAUGAUUCAGCUUCUCGAGUUUCUGAUUUCCGACUACUUACUUUCAUGGUCAACUAGUCAAGACAUUGAUUUAAGGCUUCUAGAAGAAUGGGUGAUAUCUAUUUUCCAUGCUCGGAAAGCCUUGGAGCUCCUGGAGAGCAGGAAUUCACUUUACAUGCUAUACAUGGACCGUGUAGUGGGGGAUUUGACUAGACUUCUGAGUCAAGUUUCCUUUGUUCAGAAGCUACGACCCGAUACUCUUGCUAAGCUGUUUGGCUGAUUGCUGCACUAUGAACAAACUCUCUUGUUGGAUUGCGAGAAGGCAGUGAGAUAUAUGACAAGGAAGAGGUGCACAGCGCGUGUGGAAUCGUGUUUCUCCAUAGACGUUGAGACAAUCAAAUGGAGAUUGGUUAUUCAUUGCGUUUCUGGCACUCCAGCUUAUAAGCUACUUUGCCUGCCGUCUCCAGAAUCUUGACAAAUACCCGAUCAUUAACUGCAAACUACAUAUUGAAAUAUGCCUCACAAAUCUGUGAACAUCAUUUUUCACCCCAUCCGGAAACAGCUUCUAAGUCCUUGUGGGGGUAUUAUUGAACUCCAGAAUGUCCUCCUAAUCAACUGCUUUAAUGAGAUGGAUGACUUUCCAGCAUGCA